CCUGACGCCACGUUUAGUUCAGUAGCUGGGAGACGAGCGUCGGUUCAACUGGUCUGAUAAGUCAAACGCUGCAAACGUUUUCACAGUACUUUCAGCAGCUAUACGAUGGGCAAAUCAAAUGUUCAGGUCGUGGAUGGAGGACUUUGAGUAUAAGAACUUUCAUUUGCUACAUCAAGACAUUUUGGUUCAACUUUUAUCUUAAUAAGUAGAGUGAGGAAGGGAGAGUCAUCAUGGCUGCGAGAGUCUUCACUCAAAUGACCAGUAGGCGCCAACUUAUGGAACUUGCUGACAGCCUCAUGGCGGACCUACCCUACUCGGCCACCAUGUACAACAACCUGCUCCUACAUGCUCGAGGGUGGCUGUCCACGACCAGGUUCUACACCUUGCCCACCCAACCACCCUCUCACACCCUCUUGUGGCAGAAUACGAACGUGCCCUCCAGUAUUGCCGUCUACUGCCAGGAAGCGGAAUUCGAACAACUGAUAGUGGCGCUGAGGGAGACGCCUCUAUUGGACUGGCAACGACGUCUGAAGAUCUAUCAUGAUCCUCACUACCUGGUUGAGCCGCUGAAGAUGCUGGCCCAAGAGCUGGGGAGCUCCCUCGUCUAUUGGGAACCAACUUACACAUUUACUUACCGCCCUAACAUGGAUACUGAACUCCUCAGGAACAAGCCUGGAUUCCGUGUCUGUAAACUUGUCAAAACUGGGCUCCAACACCUGCUGGAGAGGAGCCUCUUUAACAAGACCCAACCGCUGGAGUCCACGUGGAGACUAUCGCAGCAUCUGCCAUCUGUUGGAGUGUUCCUCGACUCGAGCGUGACUAAGGACACCUCUCGACCCCCAGCACCUGCCCUACUCCGAAAAUGAGGAAACACCUGUCUCCUGGAUGUCACCGACCAUGUAUGGAAGCAUCGGCAUGUUGGGGACGGACGACAGCUACAGGAAUCUGGGGCUCGGUAGACUGGUAAUCAAGGUCAUGGGGAGGCUAUAUGCUUGCCAGGGCUUCAUUCCUAAUGCCCACGUCAACUACGACAACCCGUCUUCUAUAGCAACGUUCAGCAAGAUACCAGGCUGGGAAAACACUCACACUGCCGUCUGGAUGGCCUUCGAGCAGACAAAUGGAAUCAGUGAAAUAUCACAGGACAAAGAUCCCCAAUUACUAUAACAAAAUAUAUUUUAUAAGU